AUGGCCAAGUCGGGCUUGGACGGCCAAAAUGAAGACGAUUUAAUCGAUUUUGACACCGAGAUGGCCGACUCCAAUCAGGACCAGCAGAAGCUAGAUGGUAAUCCCGAAGGUGUAGACAGAGAGAUGGAAGAAGACGAGGAUGCCGUGAACCACGACGCGUACGAGACGAACGGAAUGAUGGGCGAAGACGUCGAAUUUGACCUUCAGGAUGUCGAUGAUACAGCGCAUACUUCAGAACCUGUGGAUUUUGAAGUGAGCGAAGCUCUUGAGCUUCAAACGCAAGAAUCGGCUGUUAUAACACAGUCGUCCAACGAGGACGAGCGAGAAUACGAUAGUAACACUGGAGAUCCGAACGAAACCACCACCCAGAAAGAUGAUAUUCUGGACGACCACGCAUCGGCACAUGAAAUUGAUUACGAAUUUGAAGAUGACGUAGAACCAGACAAGCCUCAACAAGAUGUGACAACCGAACCGACCAAUCAGUCAGCAGAGUUUGUGGAAGAGCAGGCAACGGAUCCCGUUGCUGUAAGCCGGAAAAUUGAGGAAGCUGGCGAUAGUACCCCUGUACCUGAACAAGACGCAGUCGAGCAAGUCCAAGAGGAGAGACACGACCCCAGCAGCCAUGGCGACGAAAAUGAAUCUCCGAGUCCACAGGAAACACUUGCCGAACAUGAGAAGGCCGCACUCAAAAGUGUUGAAGCCGAGGACUUGGGUGCGGAUGAGCAUGCGCAAGUAAAUACGCCUAAAGAUAACCAGGAGUUCCACAGAGAGGAACAUACAGCCGGCCACGAAGAGGUCACCACGUCAGAAACAGAACAAGUUCACGAAACUAUUGUCGAGGUCAGCGUUGCCGAAGAUGACGGUUACGACGUGGGAGAAAAUGAACACGAUGGAGAUGAAGCGAUCGACCCGGAACAUGCAGAACUUUCAGCCUCUGAUGAAGACUUGAACGGAAAGCCGAAUGACGACUUCCCCACUAUCACGGUACAGUAUAAGGGAGACGAGUUCCCCAUGUUUUCUACGACUACCAAUAGCUUUUUUGCCGACACAUCAGUUUUAGAUCAGCCCCUUGAGGAACUAUUGGCUGGUCUCCGAACCGAACUGGAAAAUGAGGUCGCCACGGAUGACGAUUUGGUACUCCAGGUUGACGAGCUCGGCCUCGAAAUUUCAGAGGUGAGAGAUAGCCCAAGUUUUCGCUGUGAACCUGCUAACAUGAUCUGUCAGGCAACGCAAGGCGAACUCAUGUCAAAUGUUACUUUUCGCCAAGUCCUGGAGAUUUUCGAUCUUCUUGUCAAGAAUCAAGAUCCUGACAGUUCACGGACCAUGUAUACUUAUCUCUUUACUAAACCCAACGCAGAGAGGCGCCUUGAAUCUCUUAUUGAGAGUGCUACAGCAGGCAAGGGGCUCGACGAAGUUAUUCACCUCUUCGAGACGCCUAUGACGGUUGACACAAGCAUGCUCGAAACAACUGCGACAAUCGACGGCGUUCACGAGGAGCUGGACGAAUUUGACAGCCCGAUUGAUGAGAAAGCUGGUGAAGGACAGAACGGCAACGAUUUCCACAAUGGGACAGAGGACGCAGAAGUCGACGACGAACAUUCAGUGAAUGAACAUACGAACCUUGACGCUGAUACUCUUGAGGUUCAAGAAAUGGCCAGUCAUGAAGGUGAUAGUCAAGACGACAAUGAAGUUGCUACCGAAACUCAAGUUGCAACGCCCACUGGUGCUUCGACUACUGCCGAGGCGCCACUAGAAAUCAUCGAAGAACCUGAUGCGGCUGCCGAGAACGAAGAUGAUGAACAAAACGGUAAAACAACCUCACCCUCCACCAAUUUCCUUUGUUGCUACUACCCCAACUUCUGUCUCUGUAAACCUUGUGUCUCGAAACUAACCCUCAACUCCUUGCCCUACAAACAUGCACACUCUGCAUCCGACUUCAGCACAACCUUUUCUUACAAUGAGACUGACGAAUUUUGUCCAGCACGUGCUGAAAGUGAUGUCGACCCAUUUGCCAAUUUCGAGCUAGAUGCCGAGGUGAACGAUAACGUGGCUCUCGAAGCCACUGAAGAGGUUGAAGAGACCGAAGAGGUUGAAGAGACUGAAGAAAACGCUUUCGGUGAACCUGAGGCCACCAGCGCCCAAACCAAUGGCACGAGCACGACCACCACUUUGCAGGAAGAAGAGGAAGCAGCGUUUUUCAGCAUCGACCUUGGCGAAGUUUCUACUGAAGCCGAAGCGACUAGUAAGGUUGACACUGGAGAGAACGACUUGGACGAAAUCGAUUGGAGGGACGAGCCUGAGGCAGAUGAUCAAGAACCAACCACACCCUCUGCCGCUGGUAAGCGAUCCCGCGGGGAUGACGACGAAGCCGAUGCGGAAGUUGAGCAAGCGGCCGGUGAUUUGGCGUACAACAAGGACUUGAGCCGUUGA